UUGCAUCGGGUCGCGGAGUUUUCCGCGGUUGUAUUCUAUGUGAGAGGUUAAAUAUUAUGUGCCGAUAUAUGUGUAACGAGAUUGUUUACAGGCGUUACAGAUGAUUCUGCCCAGCCGUACGUUCGUAGGAAAACGUAUAUAAAUUAUUGAUAUAAUCGUAGAUAUUGAUCUUAUAAUUUUGAAAAUGAGGAUCGCUGUAGAGGGUUGCGCUCACGGCGAACUGGACAUUAUUUACGAGACGAUACAGGAGAUCGAAAAGAUUGAUGGUAGGAAGAUAGAUCUGCUUAUUUGCUGCGGCGAUUUUCAGGCUACCAGAAAUUUAAGUGAUCUAAAAUGUAUGGCAGUGUCGGACAAGUACAAGGACAUGUGUACAUUUUACAAAUAUUAUUCUGGUGAAAAAGAAGCUCCUGUAUUAACUAUCUUCAUCGGAGGCAAUCAUGAAGCGUCGAAUUAUCUGCAGGAACUGCCGUACGGAGGCUGGGUCGCGCCUAACAUCUAUUAUCUUGGAUACGCAGGUGUAGUGCAGGUGGCUGGAAUCAGAAUUGCAGGUCUUUCGGGCAUAUACAAGAGUCAUCAUUGGAUGCAGGGACAUUAUGAAAAGCCUCCUUAUACUGACAAUACUAUACGAAGUGUCUAUCAUAUCAGGAAUCUAGAAGUGUUCAGAUUAAAGCAGCUUUCUGGCAAAAUUGAUAUUUUUUUGUCACACGACUGGCCGGCAGGAGUAACAAAAUAUGGGGAUGAAGACACAUUAUUGAGACGAAAACCAUUUUUUAAGGAUGACAUAGACAGUAAUGCGCUCGGUAGCCCGCCGUGUAUGGAGCUGCUGGAACGUCUUUAUCCGUCCUACUGGUUCUCCGCGCAUUUGCACUGCAAGUUCGCGGCGCUCGUUCCCGAGAAGGGUGGCGCGCGAGUGACCAAGUUUUUGGCGCUGGACAAAUGUCUGCCGAAACGGAGGUUCCUUCAGGUGCUGGAGGUGCGCUCGCAGGAGGACGGCCCGAUACAAUUGAACUACGAUCUGGAAUGGUUAACGAUCCUCUACUUGACGAACCAUCUGUUGAGCGUCAAGAGCAGCAUCCACUACAUGCCCGGUCAGUACGGCGCCGGCAGGUGGACGUACAAGCCCACGGCGGAGGAGAAGCAGACCGUGCUCGAGAAGUUCGGCUCCGUCCUGCGGAUUCCUCUCAACUUCAUCCGCACCGUCAAACCGUACGACCCGUGCGACACGAGCGCGCCGAUCGAGCGACCGCGACUGCUGAUAAACGAUCAGACCACCCAAUUCUGUCGGACGCUGGGUAUCGACGACCCGUCCGCCCUGCUGCAGAUCAUCGCGAGCACCACUGCGAGGGACAGCAGUAGGUCGAGCGAAGUGUCGAUGGAGACGUCCGGCGAGUACACGUCGGAAUCCAUGGAGAUCUCGUUCGAGGAGGAGAGCGUGUUCAGCUCCACCUUUGAGGAGAAUUCGGGGGAGUUGUCGAACAAGUACUUCGUCGACAGCUCGCCGACGAAUUUGUCCCCUAAGAACGAUGGCGACGACUCGGACAACGGGGACACGAGUAAGAGCACCUUGGACGGGACUGCCAAUAGCACGACCACGUUCGCAGAUUCCACUUCGAUGGACGACAGUAACGAACAACAAACCGGUUGUAUCCAAACCGAACCAAACUGCAAAAAGUUCAAACGCCGGAAUUAUUCUUUAUACUCUAGCACGUUUCUGUGCUCCGAACGACGACUCCGUGCCGACUCUCCGAUCUCACCGUCAUCUCAAUCUCAACCGUCGUCGAGUGUCCUGAACGCGGCAAAAAAAAUGGACAAGUUGACUAUCAUCUCGGGGAUAUUGUUCCUGCUCGCGGAUAUCUCCGCCAUAAUCAGCAUCGCCAUGCCGGACUGGAUCAUUACCGACGUUGGCGGCGACACAAGACUGGGUCUCAUGUGGUCGUGCAUGACCUUGUACAACAGACCGCAGGUCUGUUUCAAAUCGGAGCUGGAGUCGGAAUGGAUGAUGGCACUGGUCUGCAUAUUUAUUGGUUGCAUUCUGAUUACGGCAACCAUAAUACUACUGGUGAUCUCGCACUGGGACCGCACCGUCAUUCCCUUCGCACGCUGGGUAGGAUUCGGCGCCAUGGUGCUGUUCUGUCACGCGGCAGUUAUAUUUCCAAUGGGAUUCCACAUUGACGAGAUUGGUGGGCAACCGUAUCAAUUGCCUAAUUCGCAUCAAGUUGGGAUCGCUUAUAUCUUGUUUGUCCUAGCUCUAUGGAUCACAGUGAUCUCCGAGCUCUUUGCAGGCAAAGUUUGUCUACCACAUUUUUAGCAUCGUCCCGUAAUAAAAAUAUUUGUUGAUUACCUUCUAUUGACGAUUACACUGAUAUUAGUAAGUUUAGUUUAUAUUAAUGAUCUGUAGAAUUAUUUUUACCUUACAAUAAUAAUUUUAUAAAGCUUUAACGGGAAGGUAGCACUAAAUUCUGCUAUAUAUUAAGUAGAUUAAGAUCAACAUUGAUCAAUUAUGUAGCCAAAAUUAAUUUUUAGUAUUUAAUGAAUCAUCUAUAAAAUGAUAGUUGUACAGAUAAAGGAAUCUAAGAUUAUUACAAGAUAAUAUUGUCUAUCCGUUAAGGAUGUAUGAAUAAUCUACGAGCGAUGUGUGUCGAUAUUCGACAUUUUAGAUUUUUUCUAACAGUGUAUAACAAUAUGUUAGUAAAACCAUAAUUGUUAGUUUUCAAAAAAAUACUCGAAGGAAAACUGGAAUAAAACUCAAUACACAUAUUUGAAAUAUAUAUAUGUAUAUAUGUAUAUAUAUUUCUUAAUCAUAAUUAAAUUUUAACAUAUGUACAGUUUUACUUUAUGUUAUAAACUUCAAAUAUUUAUUUACAAAAACCGGAAAUAAAUGAGAGGUAUAAUGCGUAAGUUAUAAUUAGAAUUCAAAACUUAGAAUAUUUCUUAAGUCUUAUCUAUAUUAUACAAACGUACAUGCUAGAUAUAAUGGAUGUGUAUAUAUAUAUAUAUAUUGUACGAGAUUAAGAAAACUAAAACUUGUAUAAUUCUGAUUUUUCGAAAUGUUAUUUAACAAUAAAAAAACUUGUGCCGCAAACAAA